AUGGUGGGCUGCCAGUCGUCAGGUUCAGAGAUUCUUCAGCGUUCGAGUAUUAGAGGCGACGAAGGUCACGAUUCUAGCAUGGUCGAUGAACAUGAUGCGGAUAGAAAGACCGUGCCGAUGAACUCACCUGAGUUCUGGAACGGGGCGGAUAUGGAGCAUCUUCAUGUUAUACUGAACAGCUUCAUACUCAAUGAAUCUACUCCUGAGUCAACGUAUGCUAAGUACCCCGGCUGCCGGAGCUUCGACUGCACCCGCAUCUUUCCACACCUAGAGUCGACGGGCGGUCAGCAGGGAAAAAGGAAAAUUGAGACGGACGGCGUUGAAUCAGCUUCAGGAUCGAAGAGAAGUCGUCAAUUUUGUGGUAGUGGUUCAACCUCUAUGGAUUUUCCACCCCUCUCUUACAAAGAGUUCAAGUGUCUUGGAGGGGUUGACCAACAGCAAUACUACAAUAGCACGGCUAAAGCUUCUAGUGCCUGGAAGACCUUUGUGACCUCAUGCCCCCGUAUUGAUAGGAUGGUUUUUCAACACUAUGAGACCAAUAAUCGACUGACUAUCGCUGAGAGGGAGGCGGCAUAUUCUGUGCAGGAACACAUAGAGCGGACGUGGCGCUUAUCCAAGCCACCACUCCCUGAGUUCCGAACAAGACAUACACCCCGAAAUAUGAGCGAACAAACUUGUUGGUACGAUGACGAUCUUCGAUGGAACUCUUUCAGUUCAAAAUUCGAAUUCGGGCAUUCUCAGCUUUCCCAAUCAAGCCACCAGUCGUUAGACGAUUUUGAAAGGUUGACUUGUCAGCGCGGUUUUUAUAAGCACAUAUCUUCUCCUCUCAUCUUUUACCGCCUCAAUAGUCUCGCUGGGGAACUAGAAGUUGAGAGUGACCAUUACAAGAGUUCUUGGGAUAUUACAUUUCAUCACUCGAACAGCGCUGGCACUACCCUCCGGCUAUGGGACAGCAAAGGAAGAGCAAGGGCAGUGUUCUCCGGUUUGAGAGAGGCGGAGGGAGACGCUCUAGAAUUGAUCAACUUUGUGACCUGUUUCAAGUCUCCCCAUACUUAUGAUGGAGUGAUAUCAGGCACGGUGGCUUAA